CAGGUCACCUCCUUCCUGAGAGCCGGUGGGAGACCCUGCCCUCCUCUGGGAUUACGUGGCCUGGGAGACGUGGUCAGCGAGGCUCGGAGCUUCUGUGGCUGUGGUCCAAGCCUGCCGUGGCGGUACUUGCAUGUGUUGGUGGAACUUUGGAGCUUGUUUACGUGGAAAUUCUGAGCCAUUUUGAACCGCUUGAAGGAGUGAGCUGCUAGCAUGAGCUCCCAAAGCCAUCCAGGACUCUACAGACAGCUUGGGAAUGACUCAGCCGGUUGCAUCCUCCCCACAGGGCAGAUGGACAUCCUCUCCGGAGCAGAGACGGAUCUGUUUUCAAAGGCAGGCUGGGACAUUUUCUCCUGAUCUUCUAAAUCACUUAUUAACGGUUGAGCUGGGCUGUGCUGCUCGGUGGGGAGCAGCUGAGAGCUGUCCAUCUUGGUGUUGUCUCACUUAGGGAGCAAGGAGAAGGACCAGACCAGUCCCUGGAGAAGUGUCUGAAAGAUUCCCUGAGAAGCUCCCUCCAGGAAACGUCCCCUCCAGCCAGAGAGAACGGAGUGCGGCUUCAUCUGACCUUCCAGAACGCGGCUGCCCGGACUCCAGCAGCACCCACCCGCAAAGCUGUUCUCUUUGACUCGCUCCCUCGUGUCCCUUCUCUGUCACUCGCUUGGUCAGCGUUGUCCAGCUGUGUGCUUGGGCCAGGACUCUGUGGGGACAGGACAGGCCCCACUCUGCCCUCGGGGGGCUCAUGACUGUGCGCGGUCUGCAUUAUCCGUAUUCCUCCUUGCAGCUGGUGGUCAGGGCUCGCCGUAGUUCCUUCCUCCUGCCCAAAGCUCUCUGGUUUUGUGGAUCGUAUCUCAAACAGGUGUAGAUGGACUUUCUGGCCGAGACCAGCCAGUGGAGCUGCUGAACCCUGCCCGCGUGAACCACAUGCCCAGCACAGUGGACGUGGCCGCGGCGCUGCCUUUGCAAGUCGCCCCCCCGGCGGUGCCCAUGGACCUGCGCCUGGACCACCAGUUUUCGCUGCCCGUGACGGAGCCCACCCUGCGGGAGCAGCAGCUGCAGCAGGAGCUCCUGGCCCUCAAGCAGAAGCAGCAGCUCCAGAGGCAGAUCCUCAUCGCCGAGUUCCAGAGGCAGCACGAGCAGCUCUCCCGGCAGCACGAGGCCCAGCUGCACGAGCACAUCAAACAACAGCAGGAGCUGCUGGCCAUGAAGCACCAGCAGGAGCUGCUAGAGCAUCAGCGGAAGCUGGAGAGACACCGCCAGGAGCAGGAGCUGGAGAAGCAGCACCGCGAGCAGAAGCUGCAGCAGCUCAAGAACAAGGAGAAAGGCAAAGAGAGUGCCGUGGCCAGCACGGAAGUGAAGAUGAAGUUACAAGAGUUUGUCCUCAACAAGAAGAAGGCGCUGGCCCACCGCAACCUGAACCACUGCAUUUCCAGCGACCCCCGCUACUGGUACGGGAAAACGCAGCACAGUUCCCUUGACCAGAGCUCCCCGCCCCAGAGUGGGGUGUCGGCCUCCUACAACCACCCGGUCCUGGGAAUGUAUGACGCCAAAGAUGACUUCCCUCUCAGAAAAACAGCUUCUGAACCCAAUCUGAAGUUACGGUCUAGGCUAAAGCAGAAAGUGGCCGAGAGACGGAGCAGCCCCCUGUUACGCAGGAAAGACGGGCCAGUGGUUACUGCUCUGAAAAAGCGUCCCCUGGAUGUCACAGACUCGGCAUGCAGCAGCGCCCCGGGCUCGGCGCCCAGCUCGCCCAACAACAGCUCCGGGAACGUGAGCACGGAGAACGGGAUCGCGCCCGCCGUUCCCAGCAUCCCGGCCGAGACCAGCUUGGCGCACAGACUUGUGACUCGGGAAGCCUCCGUGGCCCCGCUUCCCCUCUACACAUCACCGUCCUUGCCCAACAUCACCCUGGGACUUCCUGCCACUGGCCCUUCCGCUGGGGCAGCAGGCCAGCAGGAAGCUGAGCGACUCACUCUCCCAGCCCUCCAGCAGCGGAUCUCCCUCUUUCCCGGCACCCACCUCACACCAUACCUGAGCACAGCGCCCCUGGAGCGGGACGGCGCGGCGGCUCACAACCCCCUCCUGCAGCACAUGGUCUUACUGGAGCAGCCGCCUGCACAGACGCCCCUCGUCACAGACUGGUAUCUUUCAGGCCUGGGAGCACUGCCCCUGCACGCGCAGUCUCUGGUUGGUGCGGACCGGGUAUCCCCAUCCAUCCACAAGCUGCGGCAGCACCGCCCGCUGGGGCGCACGCAGUCGGCCCCACUGCCCCAGAACGCGCAGGCCCUGCAGCACCUGGUGAUCCAGCAGCAGCAUCAGCAGUUCCUGGAGAAGCACAAGCAGCAGUUCCAGCAGCAGCAGCUGCACAUGAACAAGAUUAUCCCCAAGCCCAGCGAGCCGGCCCGGCAGCCCGAGAGCCACCCUGAGGAGACGGAGGAGGAGCUCCGCGAGCACCAGGCCCUCCUGGAGGAGCCCUACCGGGACCGGCUCUCCGGGCAGAAGGAGGCACACACGCUGGCCGGAGUGCAGGUGAAGCAGGAGCCCAUCGAGAGUGACGAUGAGGAGGCCGAGCCCCCGAGGGAGGCGGAGCCGGGCCAGCACCAGCCUACGGAGCAGGAGCUGCUCUUCAGACAGCAAGCCCUCCUCCUGGAGCAGCAGCGCAUCCACCAGCUGAGGAACUACCAGGCAUCCAUGGAGGCCGCGGGCAUCCCCGUGUCCUUUGGCGGCCACCGGCCUCUGUCCCGGGCACAGUCGUCUCCAGCGUCUGCCACCUUCCCCAUGUCUGUGCAGGAGCCCCCCACCAAGCCGAGGUUCACCACAGGCCUGGUGUACGACACGCUGAUGCUGAAGCACCAGUGCACCUGCGGGAACACUAACAGCCACCCAGAGCACGCCGGGAGGAUCCAGAGCAUCUGGUCCCGGCUGCAGGAGACCGGCCUCCGAGGCAAAUGUGAGUGCAUCCGUGGACGGAAGGCCACCUUGGAGGAGCUGCAGACGGUGCAUUCAGAGGCGCACACCCUGCUCUACGGCACAAACCCCCUCAACAGGCAGAAACUGGACAGUAAGAAACUUCUAGGCUCACUCACUUCGGUGUUUGUCAGGCUGCCCUGUGGUGGUGUCGGGGUGGACAGCGACACCAUAUGGAACGAGGUGCACUCGUCAGGGGCGGCCCGCCUGGCCGUGGGCUGCGUGGUGGAGCUGGUCUUCAAGGUGGCCACGGGGGAGCUGAAGAAUGGCUUUGCCGUGGUCCGCCCCCCGGGACAUCACGCAGAAGAGAGCACACCCAUGGGGUUCUGCUACUUUAACUCUGUGGCCAUCGCAGCCAAGCUUCUCCAGCAAAGGCUGAACGUGAGCAAGACCCUCAUCGUGGACUGGGACGUGCACCACGGAAAUGGGACCCAGCAGGCAUUCUACAACGACCCAAAUGUCCUGUACAUCUCCCUACACCGCUACGACGACGGGAACUUCUUCCCGGGCAGCGGGGCGCCUGACGAGGUGGGCACAGGGCCGGGCGUGGGCUUCAACGUCAACAUGGCUUUCACCGGCGGCCUCGACCCCCCAAUGGGAGACGCGGAGUACCUGGCGGCCUUCAGAACGGUGGUCAUGCCCAUCGCGAACGAGUUUGCCCCGGAUGUGGUGCUGGUGUCAUCAGGCUUCGACGCUGUGGAGGGCCACCCCACGCCGCUCGGCGGCUACAACCUCUCAGCCAAAUGUUUCGGGUACCUGACGAAGCAGCUGAUGGGCUUGGCUGGCGGCCGGAUUAUUCUGGCCCUGGAGGGGGGCCACGACCUCACGGCCAUUUGCGACGCCUCGGAAGCAUGUGUUUCUGCUUUGCUGGGAAACGAGCUUGAUCCUCUCCCAGAAAAGGUUUUACAGCAGAGACCCAAUGCUAACGCUGUCCGGUCCAUGGAGAAGGUCAUUGAAAUCCACAGCCAGUACUGGCGCUCGCUGCGGCGGCCCUCCUCCACGGCGGGGCACUCGCUCGUCGAGGCCCAGAAGUGCGAGACCGAGGAAGCCGAGACCGUCACCGCCAUGGCCUCGCUGUCCGUGGGCGUGAAGCCGGCCGAGAAGAGACCCGACGAGGAGCCCAUGGAAGCGGAGCCGCCCCUGUAGCCCCCGACGCCACGGCUCUUGUCUGUUUGUCUCUGUCUUGAAGCUCCGCCGAGAAAAGCUCCUGCUCCUCCGCGUCCUGCCGCGGCGUUCUCGAGAGCACCAGGCACGGCGGGCGGCCCGGAGGCCCCUGCUGCGCGGACCCGGGGCUCCCGGCGGGCGGCCCUCCAGGACCCCGGACAGACGCCGGGCCGAGCGACACGCGGACACGCGCGGAGCCGGGCGCGCGGCUCCCACGGGGCGGCCGGAGGGAGGCGGCUGCGGCGGCUCGUGGCGGGGCUGCCCGAUUUAGCUGACACGAGGAAAAGAAAACGAAAAUCAAAGAUCUAAUAAUACAAAACAAACUUGAUUAAAACUGGUGCUUAAAGUUUAGUUAUUACCCACGAUUCCACAGUCUCCGUGUAAACCACUCAUCUUGUAGGUCGUGUUUUUAAAGAGCAAGUUUCUACGGCUCCGGCCGCCUCCGACCCGGGAGCGGUGGGGGCAGAGCGCACGCGCGUUUAAGGAAGAAAAACUGGACAAAACAGAAAUGCGAGCCUGCAGGGCUGGCUUUGGUUUCGCAAAGCCUUCGGAAGAUGCGAGUUUGUGCCUUUUUUUUAAUUGCUCUGAUGGAUUUUUGUGGCUGGGGUUUCUGAAGUCUGAGGAACAAUGCCUUAAGAAAAAAUAAACAGCAGGAAUUGGUGGGACAGUGUCCUGUGGCUGGUGGGGCCUGACAGUGCCCUGCGAGGGGCAGGGGCUGCAGGGUGCUGGCCUGGCGCUCAGAGCGGGCGCAGGCCGCUGCCGGCUGCUCCAGGGGCUGCAGUCCUGCGGCCCUGCUUUUGCUUUAUUGCUGUUGAAGAAAAAUGGAGGUAGUUCCAAAAAAGUGGCAAAUACUGUUGGGAGUUUUGAAGUCCAACAAAUUUUAAAUGAAUCCAAAGUGUUCUUUUCUCGUCCAUCCUAUAACAAUUGAGCAUCUCCAUUUGGUCGUGAAGCAUGCCCUAGGCACACUUUCAGUGUUACGAUCGGAAUGCUUUUUAUUAAAAGCAAGUAGCAUGAAGUAUUGCUUAAAUUUUAGGUAUAAAUAAAUAUAUAUAUGUAUAAUAUAUAUUCCAAUGUAUUCCAAGCUAAGAAACUUGAUUCUUAUGAAAUCUUGAUAAAAUAUUUAUAAUGCAUUUAUAGAAAAAGUAUAUAUAUAUAAUAAAUGCAGAUUGUAAAGGUCCCUGGCGAAUGACUGACUUGUGAAUUAGAUACCAAGGUGCUCAUGGAAGGGAUUUAGUCUGGCACUAGAGUAUUUUUGAACUCCACAUCAGACAGCGUUCAGAUCACCAACACAUUCGCCACUGGGCAGCUACCCUGAGAGUUUGUAUUUCAUUCUGAUUAUUUUCUAACAGAACUCCUUCUCGCUCCAAGCCUCCAUGCACAUAUGUACCUAAUGAGUUUUUAUAGCAAAGAAUAUAAAUUUGCUGUUGAUUUUUGUAUGAAUUUUUCACGGAAAGAUCCCGAAUAAGCCUUGUUUUGUGAAUUUUACAUUUUUUCUCACCAUUUAGCAGUUUUCUGAAUGGUAAUACUGUCUAAACCUUUUUUCCUUUCUAAUUUCUUGCUUGUACAUUUUUUUUAACUUUUAAAGGUUUUUUUUUAUGAUUUUCAUUUUUGUUUCUUUUUGUACAGUGAGCAGUUUUCUGCAGCACACAGAACUGUGGCCGCAGAGCUUAUUUUCAGAAAGUGAGCAUCAAAUGAGGAGAGGGGCCUGAGGUCUUUCGUGGUGGUACCAACCAUGUGUCUUUCCUGGUUCUGUCAUAGGAGCUGUAUCCAGAUGCGAAGGGGCUUUUGGCCCCUGCACAGCAGUAGCGUGAUGGGGGGGGGGGGGGGGGGUGGGUUCCCCUCCAUAGGGGAUGUGGGGGGAUCACGCAUGGCAGUGAGCUGGGUAACUUGCCCAGACACCACGGGCCAUCGGCAGUCCUAAAACUCAUGUUUAAACUUCUCUGACCAUGUGGUCAGGAUAGAAUUUUAGCUUCUGUUUUCCAAAGACCUUUUAAGCAUGUCAGCAAUGCAUGGGGCCAGAGUGGGGCCUGGCCCCCAUUCCUGGUUUUUCUGCUGCAGCCACAUGGCCCAGGCCCCUGGCUGGAAGCAGCAGGCCCUGGAUUUUAGAGGCUGCGGCUGCAGAGGCCCUCGCCGCCUGGCAAGCCUGCAGGGGCACACAGGUCCUGACCAGGGCAGCCAGUCUCGGCUCUUUUUCUCUUUGACGGUUACUGACCAUCACUUUUUACUGGUAACUUAUUUUCCAGCACUUGAAGCCACCAGUUUCAUUCCAAAGUGUGUAUCGAGCUCAGACUUGUGGGACGAAGUACAGGCCCAGCGUGCCCACAGGAGGGAACCCCAAGGCAGGUUUCUGAGAUUGGUGACGUUUACAGGGUAGCUUCUGAAAGAGACACUGACACAGCUGGACUUUUGACCCAAUAUAUCCAAAUUCUUGGAUUGGCUUGGUCACCAGGAUGCUGUUGGUCAAAUCCAGGGCAGCCGUUUGAGAGCAGGGCAGAAAGGGCUCAGGAUGUGUUUGACCAUCUCCUCCCUCCUGGCCACUCUGAAGCCCAACUUGACGGGAGCCGGUGUGUGGGAGCAGUUCCAUCCACCCCCGGCGUGAGCAGGGCGUUGGCGGGGCCCAGCGGCUGGCUCUUCUGGCCUCCUCGGGCUCCUCGGCACAGUCCGUGGGGACCCCUUGCCCCUGCCCUCUCUUGACCAGCCGUGGCUCUUGGGGAGUAAGACAUCAUCUCACGUUUUUUACAGAUGAUGCGAUAACGUGGACCUCUCGGUGGUCACGUUAUCAUUGUGGGCACUGACUUCCAACCCCAUUCAGCAGAGAUGGCUUCUACAGAGGGGCCCUGCCGGGGGAGCGUGUUUCGCUGUCAGCUCACUCCAGCUUCACAGACGUGCAGAGAGCGUGACCAUGUAGCCUUUUCUUUCCUUUGAAGACACACUUGGCCCUCUGCACGGCCAGACGUCCAGGGCGGACGCUGGAGGGCCUGCCCCAGGCUCCUCACGCCUCCCCUCUUGGCUCCCUGGACCUCUAGCCUUUUCCUCUCUUUGCAAAGGCCUUGGGGCCCUGACCGGGGAUCAGCAAGCGAGCACUUUAUGUCCCUUUGCGGGAAGCCCCACGACGCUGCCGGGACUCGCGGUGUCGCCCCUGCCCUCUUGGCUUUCCAGCUGCGCCACGACGCGCCCGAGCCCCACCAGCAGGCGGCCGUCCCGGGGCCGCACCCGACCGGCCGGGACUGGCAGCCCCUCCGGUUCCCAAGGGCCUCUUUGUCGAAGUGUUUCAGUUUUUCUUUACUUCUUUUGAAAGUCUGUUUCCAGAGGAAGGACCGUUUUGUAUUGGACACAAAAGUAGGUCUGAUUUUUGCAGCUCUAGCAAAGGAGUUUAUUGUUUUUAAUUUUUGAUCAGAACAUUCCUUCUUCCUGGUCACAGCCAUGUGCUCAUUCCAUUCUUCUUUUUGUAGACUUUUGGGCCCACGUGUUCUCUGGGCAUUGAUACAUAUAUAAAUAUAUAAAUAUAAAUAUAUAUGAAUAUAUUUUUUUAGGUUUCCUACAUCUGGAGGUUGCAUGGACUGUAACGGCCGCAUGUCUUUAUAUUGUAUACAGAUUUUGCACGCCAAACUCGGCAGCUUUGGGGAAGAAGAAAAAUGCCUUUCUGUUCUCUCAUGACAUCUGCAGAUACAAACGAUGGAAAUUUUUCUGUAAAACAAAACCUUGAAGGAGAGUUGGGGGGGAACGUUUGCGUCUUAUUGAACUUAUUCUUAAGAAACUGUACUUUUUAUUGUAAGAAGAAUAAAAAGGACUACUUAAACAUUUGUCAUAUUAAGAAAAAAAGUUUAUCUAGCACUUGCGACAUACCAAUAAUAGAGUUUAUUGUAUUUAUGUGGAAACAGUGUUUUCGGGAAACUGCGCAGAAUUCACAGUGAACUGCCUGUCUCUCUUCAGUUGAUUUGGAGGAAUUUUUUUGUUUCGGUUCUUUUUAUCUCCUUGCACGGGGCGAGGCGCACUGUGCCCACCGGCCCCCGUGACCGCUUAUUCUGAUGGAGAACCGGGUGGGCCCUGGGAAGCCCCUUUUCCAUGUUGACUUUUUAAUUACUUUUAGAUGAUGUAUGGCUAAGAUUUCACUUUAAACUAAGCAGUCGUGAACUGUGUGAGCACUGUGGUUUAAAAUUAUACUUUGCAUCGAAAGGAAAGCAUUUCUUCCUUGUGAUGAAGCGGAGGCUGCUCCGAGCUCAGCUCCCUUUGUGUCUGACAUGAUUAAAAGUCUCCUGUCGAAAGAAAAGGAAAGCGGACAGUUUCUGUUUGUUUGCUUUUUUGAUGUGUGUGCUCCAUAACGGGGGCGCCAUUUUCCAAUGAUGAGAAAGACAAACUAUAUCUAUAAUAUAUAUAUAAGGGGGGCUGACCCUGUUCACCCAAGAGCUUACUACCGACGUGUUCUCGAAAACACGGUUGGAACGACAGCACAUCCCACCCAAUGCCUGUCCGCGCCCGCGUGGGGCCGCGCGGGAGCCGCGACUGUGUCCUCUGUAAUCUCAUCGGUUCUCUCUGACCGUCUGGACCUUCCAAGGGUUCGCUCUUUUGCUCAGUGGGGUUGCAGAUUUUGUUCUUGGUUUUCCCAUUCUUGUUCUGUUCCAUGUGGGUGGAUUUUCGCCGACCGCGGUGUCCCCCUCCGACGGCCGACUCUGUUCAGUUCCCCAGGAGUCCAGUAUUUUGUACCUCAUCCUUCAACUGUUACUCUUGUGGUGUAAAUAAAGACAGCAUUAAUUGC